UCGUCGCAUACUAACAGAAAGGUUGUGGGACGAUUCACUGUCAAACCCAUCAAACAUUGCACCACUGCCAGUCCGUAACAAUCCCCCAGAGUAUCCGUACACCCAAGGAGAGAUUCGAAAUGAGAUGAUCCAAAGCCUGCGGAACAUUCGGAACUUCUCCGGUCGUCGGCUUCUCACGCCACUGCUGCUCGUCACUAUUGGUUUUAUUGCACAAGGCGACGUGCACGCUUGGAUUUUACCACCUACACGAUCGUCGUUGGAUUCACGUUCAAGUAAGGUACUUCUAGGCCUUUGUCCUACCACGGCAUUGACGGCGCGGAAACGUUUGUGCAAUGCGGAUGACUUUGCUCCCAACACUGAUGGGGUUACUCCGCCGUCCCCCGCGUACUCCCGGUCCACGUUUGCCCAAUACGCGUCCAAGUGCCUCAUCAGCGCUUUGGUCGCACUGCAAAUUAGUUCCGUGAUGAUAGCACCGGUAUUGGCAGGCGAAAUGGUCAGUUUGCCUUCGUCUAAAGAGCGCUACUGGAACAUUAUGCGGGAAGGGACUCCGGACGAAAGACUCACCGCCAACGCCGCCCUACUUGAUCAUGCCGUCGGUACCAUCAACACAAUGUACUACGAUAACUCGGGGGGCAUCAAUUUCCAACCACGCGAUUUCUUCCAGAUCUGGAAGUCUUGGUUGAAGGAAUCGAAACCAACGUUAGAAUCGCGCCAAGGUGCCGAAGAAGGCCUUCGCUGGCUGGUGACCCAACUGGGUGACCCCUACAGCCUCUACUUGACGUGGGAAGAAUUAAAGGGCGAACUUUCUACCAAUCCACACGGAUUUUUGGGAUUGGGGGCAAUGGUCGCGCCCGCCGGUGCCACCUUUUUUGGUUCCGUGAGCGCCCCCGUCAUGGCCGACAUCCCACCCGCGCUCAAAACCUCCAGUGGCAAGGAGCUGCUGAGUGCCACGCAAGUCAGGCACUUGCCCGUCAUUACGGCAUUGGCUCCACACUCCCCGGCGGAACGCUCCGGCCUGACCGUGGGGGAUCGGAUCGUCGCGGUGGCGCAGGACAACUUCUUGUCGCAAUCACCGGAAGCGAUCCAGGCUCGACUGACCAAUACCUACAACGCCGAAAAUUACCUCGGACAUCCCGAUGUUACCGUCGCGAAACCCGUCUACGCAGUCGAUAAUACAGGAAGCCGGGAAACGAUUGUGGCGUACCGUCCGAUGCAUGUCCGACUCGCUUCCGUCAACGCACAAGAACCAUUCUCGCCACGGCGGGAGAACACCGUCUCUGGAGGAGACGCAAUUGUACAUUACGAACUCUUGUCGAAUGAACAAUCGACGUUAUUUGGUAAGACCACGAAUAGUCCGGUAGGCUACAUUCGACUCACCCGAUUUUCCAAAGCUUCGACGGCCGGUUUUUUGCACGCUGUGGAAGAACUCGAACAGGCUGGAGCCACGUCGUACGUGCUGGACUUGCGCAACAACUACGGCGGUGUUAUUCAAGAAGCCAUGCUCACGGCAUCAACCAUGCUACGUGACCCCCACGCAGUCUUGUGCUAUACCAUGAACUCUCGCGGAGGCUUUACUCCACACGACGUCGAAGAGUACGUCGUCGAUACUAGGUAUCCUGGAUAUCUCCUGAGUAAGGAAUCCACUACGGUAACUUACGAACAAGUCAAACGGGAGAACCCGGCGUUCUUGUCCAGCAGUAUGGCCUGGUCGCCGCCGAGUGCCUACGCAUCGCUGCGGGAACAGGGCGUGAAACGAGGUAUUCAUCGUCCCACAUUCGUGAACGACAACCACAUGAAUGAAUGGCAGAUUUCUGCUGCGCAGCUCAAGCAACUACGCGCGCAAAAGAAUAUUGCGUUGCUCGUCAAUGAAGGAACUGCAAGCUCUGCAGAAGUCUUUACCGCCGCUUUGCACGACAAUGGUCGGACGGUGGCGGUUGUGGGAACCAAAACCUACGGGAAAGGAAUAUCCUUUACACUUUUCAGUCUGAUCCAGCAUACAUUUCCCUUGCCUGAUGGUGCUGGCUUGCGGUUGACAGUAGCAGAAUUUCUGACGCCGGCCCUUCGACAUGUAACACAGGUUGGUAGUGCAAGGUAUGAUCAACAAACUGGUGAAUGGGCCGGUAGUGGCAUCCAACCCGACAUCUUGUGCACCAGCAAUCAAGGUAUCCCCGGCAAUAUUGGUGCUGAUUUUUGCGUCAGUGUUGCUUUGGAUGCGCUCAACGAAGCGCAACUGGUGGACGCUGCGUGGCCUUACCCACAAAACAACGUAGCAGUCGUCAAACGCGUAGGAGGCUCGUUGGACGGAAGUCAGCCACGCCGGCAAGUGGUUGCUGGAGUGACCAAAUUACGAAUAGUCGCGUGCUUUUUUUCGGUCGUGAGACGAACAUCAGGGUUAUUGGCCAAACAAGACAAACCGACACCGACACACAUUGUUAUGGCGCACCCCAAAGCAGCCAAGAGCUACACGGAAAAAAUAGAACAAGAGUGGAAUUCGUUGACAUCUUUCCAGGAAGAAGAUUCCUCGGGUACUCCUGCAGCUCAGCUUGCCUACAACCGGAGUCAAUCGAUAAUAAGGGACUUACCAACUCCAAGAGGUAACCUUUAA